AUGUUUGCGGAUGACAUGAAGAUAUGGAUUGUAAUUCGGGGUCCUGCCGAUGAAAACAGACUGCAGAUGAACCUGAAUCGGUUGGAGGAGUGGUCAAACCGUUGGCUCCUGCGGUUCAACGUUGCCAAAUGUAGCAUACUUCGCCUAGGCAACACAGCCAGAUCCGCCAGCACAAGAGGCUACUUUCUGGGCGGUGCAGCCCUACAAGAGGUCGAAGACCAAAGGGACCUCGUUGUGCUGACGACAAGUUCCCUAAAACCAUCCGCCCACUGUUCGAGGGUGGCAAAAACCGCAAUGUCCGUACUGUACGCCAUCAAGCGUGCGUUUAUGGACUUUGACGAAGAAGCUUUCUCUAAGACAUUCGGAACAUUCGUCCGGCCGCAUUUAGAGUACGUCAUACAAGCUUGGAGGCCGUGGGCUGUUGUGGAUCAAAACUGCCUCGAAAGAGUCCAGAGGAGAGCCACGAAGAUGGUUAGGGGUCAAAGCUCCUUUCCUUAUGCAACACGCCUAGUAAAUCUGAACCUCUUUCCUUUGAGUUACAGGCAACUUCGCAGAGAUCUCUUGCAAGCCUUCCGCAUUGUAAAGGGGUUGGAUUGCAGUCUGGCCUUCAAAGACUUUUUUGAAUUUGCUACCACGACCAACCUCCGAGGUCACCCGUUAAAACUGCGCACUCAGCAGGCACGGCUGGAUGUGCGGAAGUUCUCCUUCGCGGUUCGGGUGGUCAAACCAUGGAAUGAGCUUCCCGCAGAUGUUGUGAUGUCACCAUCUAUACUUAAGAAGAAUCUGGACAUAUUUAUGUUCCGAAAUGACCAAGAGCGAUGAGAAGUCGAGCUCACCCCUGUAACUCCUUCUCAUUUUGUCCCACCAUUAUGGGCGUGUUCGAACUAUUUCAGCCCAGAACAUCUAUCUGUACACCACACAUUUUUUACGUUGCCAAUAGGGUACUCAAAGGCUUACGCCUAUUUCCCUCAUUAAACUGAACUGAAUUGAACUGAACUGAACCCCUCUCCCAUAGCGACGAUUUUCGCGGUUCUUCAUGUCAUCUCCCGCAUUUCGACCUCAUGCGGUCUCUCGACGCUCACGGUGGAACCCUCAGUAUUCGCCGUCUACUAGUACUUUGGUCGUACAUCCCAUCCCCACUCCUAGGCUGGGCUCGAUACCGCACGCAGCCCAGUCCUGUCCGACCCGCAUACCUACCCCUCAAGGCUGACAAUUAUUUCUGCCCUGACGAUGUCGGAUUAUAAUCCGUUAUAUACCGCCACAUACAGGCCAGUGCUACCCGCAUUUUUCUGUUAAUAUUUUUUAUCGAGGGUUUUUUUUUCUGCUGUAAUAUUAAUCCAAUCAUUUUAUAUUUUUUAUCUGGAGUUUUUUCACCUCUCACUAGCCAUUUUUUUCAACGGACUACUAAUUCAGAAUUUAUUUUAACUUGCUUUGAUGGGACCCCGACGGGCGUUCAAUAAAAAAUCAUUACUAUUAUUAUGCACUUUCACAUUUCUCAUAUUUAACUGAUGCUUCUGCCUUAGAUGACUCGAUUGGGGGGUAGGUGUAAUCCAGACCCCCGUUAGGGAAUCACGCUCCGACUUAAUUUUUAUGUGCUCUCCCGGUCAAGUUUAUUUUUACGUACAAUAAGUCAUUUUUCAGUCCUGUUCGUUGCGCUCUUUCGUCAGUAAUUUUCUGUUUUCUGCCCUAACUUCAACCUAAAAUGCGGGAUACAUUGCAAGUACUGCAAUGCAUAACUUGGAUGGGAUGCUUUCGCGUGUUCUUUAGGAAGGUUGCAAUAAUAUUCGGGGUGUGUGAGUUAAAUCAUGGUAUCAGUAAUUAGGACACUUCACGCUGUUCAUCCGUGAACUAGCUGCAUCCUCUUAGUUCAGUUUACCUCAGUUUAUUGAGGGAAACAGGUGCGAGCCUUUGAGUGGCCUAUUUGCGAUGUAAAAUAGAAUGCCGUGGGCAGAGAAAUUAUCUGGUUCGAAAUAAUUUGAACGGACCCAUAAUCGUAUGAGAGAAUGGAAGCGAGUAUCACAGGAGGAGCCCGAUCUAUUAUCACUCAUGCUAAUUUUGGAACGUAGAUAUGUCAUUGUUCUUUUUAAAGUUUUGCCUCGAUGAUGACAUCAUAACAUGUGCUUAGGGGCAGUUCAUGGUUUGACCACUCUGGCAGAGAAGAAUAUCUUUCGCACAUACGGCCAUGCCCGCUGAAUUCGCGGGUGUAGCCGGUGACAUUUGAGGUUUCUCUUGGUGGCGAAUUCAAAAAUCCUAAAAGGCCAAGCUGCAGUCCAGCCUCCUCACGAUGCGGAAUGCUUGCAAAAGAUCCCAGUAAAGUUGCUUAUAACUCAAAGAUAAGAAGUUCAGAUUUAUAAGUCGGAUUGCAUAGGGAAAGGAGUUUCGUGGCUCUCCUGUGAACUCUUUCGAGACAAUUUUGAUCAUCGAGCACUUACAAUCUCUAGGCUUAUAUGUUGUGUUUAAAGUGCGACUGGAUGCUAGUUCCGAAGAUGUCUGAGAAAACGUUUUCCUCGAAAUCCAUAAAUGCAUGCUCGAUGGCGUACAGCCCGGACAUUAUGUUUUUUGCCACUUUCAAAAAACAAGCGGAUGGUUUUAGUGAGUUCGACGUCAGUACACCGACGUCAUUUUCGGCUUUGACGUCUCGUGAGAUUUAACUCACAAAAAGUGGUUUCUUGCGCUGGCGGACCCGGCUGUGUUGCCUAGGCGAAGUGUGCUACACUUACCAACGUUGAUCCGCAGGAGCCGACGGUUUGACCACUCUUCCGAGUGAUUUAGGUUCAUCUGUAUCGGUCUUUGUCGACAGGGCCCCAAAUUACACUCCGUCUUUAUGUCGUCUGCAAAUUUGGCUGCUUCACAGUUCAAAACUCUUGCGCAAAAUAAUUUAUAUCCAAUGUUCACGUUGCUGUUUAUGCACGACUCACCGGAUGAUCUUAAUCCUUUCAGGAAAUAAUUAGUGAAAUUUACUUGUCUUUUGUGUUCUGAUAUUGAGAAUUGAUAUUGCCUUCUGAUCUGUGUUUAUUUGCGUGUCCAGAUCCGCGCGCGUGCUCUUUGAAGUGGGCAUAAAUGUUCUGAAGUUAGUUACAUCUGAGGUCGUUUUAUUUCCAUUCUUGGCCUUUUCGGCAACGGUAAGUUAUGUGCAUAUUUUAUUCCCAUGGCAGUUUGUGAAGUGUUUGCGUUAAUAUCUUCGGCAGUUUGUAUGUCGGAUUUACCUAGACAAAGACUCAUUUUUGUAUCAAAAUACCAUUGCCACCUUUUGUGGUUCCCGAAUCUGUCGACCUUAUUUUUCAAUCACCCACUUGCCGGAAGUCUUCUUGAUUUGCCGAAAUCUCACGUCUAGGUUCUGACUUGUGAGUUACUAAGAAAACAUUUAAUGUCACUAUUUCAAAGUGAUGUCUGGCACAUUUGCUGCCAUUAUCGAAUGAGCAGCCAGAGUUCUGUUUGUCUAAACUACAUAUGGCGGGAACUUUUUGGCCUUAGUGGCUUUAAGGGCUCGUGAAUCCUCUUCUUGCUAAUUAACCCUUUCGGCGCUGAUGAAUUUGAAGGAGGUUCCACCGCCCUGCGGUUCGGGAAGUCUUUGAAGUCCAGCAUCCUUACAGUUCCAAGCGCUCUUUUGUGACCAUUGAGUUAUCUGCACGUCAGUAUGUUAUGCCUAGAUAUUCAAGAGAUGCUGCUGUUUUUGAAUUAUUAAAUAUGCUUCAAUUUAGGUAUUUCCUAGCAUUAACUCCUCCAAAAAUUGGUGGACCGCGUUUGCGAAAUUUCCGCUUUUUAUUAAGAAAAACAGGCCGACACGGUUUUGCAGACUGCAUUGAUUUUAGCUCAAAGUGGCCUUUCUAAUGUGAAAUCAGGCUUUACCUAGGCCCAUUUUUUCGCCUUGGAGCUUUGAGUAUAAACACUGCUAGGCUAAAUUAAAUUUACGAACACUUUUCAGGUUCUCGCACUAAUAAAUGCCCUUUUCUUAAUGUUUAGUCAUGACGUCCACUGCAAGCGACAUAGUUACCGUCGGAACCAUCAUAAAAGACCGCUGGAAAGUCUUGAAAAAAUUAGGGGGUGGCGGUUUUGGCGAGAUAUACGAGGCUCAGGAUGCCCUUACGCAACAAAAGGUGGCCAUUAAAGUCGAAUCCUCCCAACAAACCAAACAGGUUUUGAAAAUGGAAGUCGCAGUUUUGAAGAGACUUCAAGGAAAGCCCCACGUUUGUCGAUUUAUCGGAUGCGGUCGAAACGAUCAGUAUAACUACAUCGUUAUGAGCCUUCAGGGUCGCAACCUUGCAGAGCUCAGGCGUUCAACUCGCCGAGGCUACUUCUCGAUUUCCACCACCGUCAGGCUUGGCCGACAAAUUCUGACAGCCAUCGAAAACAUUCAUGCCGUCGGUUUUUUGCAUCGUGACAUUAAACCUUCUAAUUUUGCCUUGGGAAAUGGAAUUGGACCCGGAUCUGUUAGUCCUCGCACCAUAGUUAUGCUUGAUUUCGGCCUUGCUCGUCAGUACACUACAACAAAUGGGGAAAUUCGACCACCGAGGCAGGUUGCUGGUUUUCGUGGGACCGUCCGUUACGCAUCCGUCAAUGCCCAUCUAAACAAAGAAUUAGGCCGACACGACGAUCUCUGGUCACUCUACUACAUGUUGGCAGAAUUUAUUACUGGCGAGUUACCCUGGCGUAAAAUAAAAGACAAGGAGCAAGUUGGGAUUAUGAAGCAGACUUUUGAUCAGAAUAAUUUGCUCAAGUUUAUGCCUCGUGAAUUUCGUGCCUUUCUGGAACAUAUUCAAAGUCUGACAUACUUUGACAAACCUGACUAUCAAUUUCUACAAUCCUUACUCUCAAAUUAUAUGGAACGGAGGUCGAUUAGCGAGAGUGAUCCCUUUGAUUGGGAGGUGUCCUCUGAUCAGUCCGGAGGAACAAGCGAAACCAACCAACACCACACUAAUUUGCAUGCAUCCCCAGUUCCAGAAGCUGGCAAAGGAAUGGGAACCGACGCCACCAAAGCGGUUCGCGGGCCUGCACUGCUACACACCAGAGCCAUGGCUCCUACCCAGAGCGGUGCUGGUCUAGUGGUUACCAGCGGUUUCUUCAGCGGUGCACGCCACGGUGGAAGCAGUUCUAACAUCCCCGCUGAUGCGUCGAAUGCAACCAACGGGGGAAAUAAAGUGUUUCCGAGUGGAGUUGUUGGCGGUAUUGGUGGGUCAGCAACCAAUCUGCAUAAACUUUCAAUAGGUAGCGGUUUCGCCAACCACGCUUCAGACGAUGGUGUUAUCAAUAACAAUGGGGAUCAGACCCAGGGUAACCCUGUCUUCAGGAAGACACCUUAUGCCCCGUAUUUCCGAUCGAGUUAUGCAAUGAAUACGCCACGUUUUGUUAAGGAUAACAAGUUAGCAAGCAAAGCUCGUGAAGCAUUCCGCAACGCUGAGCAGCAUGCAUCACAAUCUAAGGUCUCACCUACAAAGGCUACUGAGACUCAGCAGGAAGGUUUGAAAAAGAGUGACGAGAGCGGCUCAAGACUCGGUAACAGUUGCCAAUGGAAUCGUCGACCCUUUAAUUCAAGUUCGACUAACGUGCGAAACAGUACGGGGACUGUCGGAAGCACUGCAAGUCUGACAGGUAUCGGAUUGGGAACCCGUUGCGAUACCAGCUGUACGCAUGCUGUCGUCGUUAUGGUCGACCAAGGUGACGGCAGUAACUGUCCGGACAUGACCCGCGCCGCUCCCUUGACGAUUGGAAGUCAGUGGGCUGCCGAAGCAGACGAGAGUGAGAACGACUCAAAAUUGUCCGACGAUGAGGCCGAUACCCGUCCGGAAGCUCAACCGAAUUCGCAGCUUGCGAAUAGGUUGCAUAGUGCUAACAAUGCCUUCCGGAUAUCUGACGCCAACUCGGGGACAAGGAUGCAAAACGAUGAAAUGCGUGUUCACGACACUGAGAAUUGCAACAACAGCAAUCGGUUUUUCCCGUCUGUACCCGAGGGCUCUGGCGUCAACGCGCAGAAAGCUCUCCCGCCUCCCAAUUUGAAACCCCAACUUCAAGUCUCCAGGGCUUUCACUCCCGCUGCCAAUUCUCCGACAUUUUAUUCUCGGUCUCCGAACGUUUCAGCCCACUGUGGUGUCAGCCGAAAAGUGAAUAACUUCCCUGGACGACGGCAAGCAGCCCAAAAUUCGGUGUCGAAUCAUGCUUUUGGUGCCUUAGCUUCGGGCGACUCCUCCAGCGCACUGCUGUCCGCUCAAACAAAGCCUCGUAUUCAUGACGCUUCUCUUUUGCCCCCAAGAGGAGCAAACGGGUCGACCGCGUCCAUUACGGGGACUCCGGGCAGCGACACAAGUGGCUACCAUUCCAUCCGAAGCGUCGAUCCUCACCAAUACCCUCCUUCCGGUGGUUGCCUACCGUCAUGGUCGUCAGAAAAUCGAGGCGUCAUAAAAAUGCCGAACAACCUCCCAACUGACAUCGAGGGGCCCCCAGGAAACACAACGUCCAAGUUGAACCGAGAGAAUCCUUACUCUCGUGACCGCUUUCCUAAUCAUCUAAAACAGUCCUCCCUCGACGCAGUUAACCAAGGCGUCUGUGAUUCCACUAAGAACGACGUGGAUGGUGAACACUUCCGCGCUACAGCAGUGGACAGUUUCUUGCCAAACAACCCUUACCCUGGCAGCGUCUCCACACCCGUGUUGCCAGUGUAUGUUGUUAAUUCUGGGGUCCCAGCCGAAGCCAUAUGCGAUGCACACGUCGAUCCGGAGCACGGGAUGGAAGCGCGGCGUAUCACUAGCUUUGCUAACCGCCCCAGAGUUUUGGAGCAAAGUGACCUUAAUUUGCCAUUGUCCCUCCCCGCGGCGCGCUCUUCAUCCACUGGAGUUACCUAUCGGACGCCCCCAUCUGUUGCCACUCCCGGUGAUGAGGUCUUCCUUCCGCAGUCUGGCAUGUAUCAAAUGUCAAAAAGCAGCCUAAACCUGGCGAACGUCGAGAAGGCGGAAGCCGAGGCCGUUUUCACACCUGGAGCUUAUGAAGUUGACUGUGACGCCGAGGAGAAAGCCUUCCUAGUAAGUGUGCACGGUGUGUACUUUUGCUGUGAGGCCUUUUCUGCCGUAGCAAAUGCUCUUUUUGUAUCACAACCUAAAAGACGGUCCCUGAUAUUUUUCCAACAGCAACAAGCAUAUUAGACAGCCCGUUAGGCCCAAGGGUCUUGAGUUUUUUGCGUCCUUACCCUUCUUAGUUUGACUCCCAUCUUUAAAUAGGCUACUCGAAAUCCGAACUCAAUUAUCUUGUCGGGUUCCACCUUCAUAACUUGUAUUUGCCAUUGUUAGCUGUGCGCUUAAAUAUUUUUUUUCCGUCUACGAAGCACGAAGUCUGCUCAGCACAUACCCUAGUGACGAGUAUGAUUUCAUUGACCCUUGAAAAAUUCCACCGUAAGCUCUCCAGUCACUUUAAUGAAAAGCGAGCUACGGCGACUCCAGAACAUGUGGAAAUAAUGCACUAGACCGAGUCCUAAUCCGUUUCUCUCUCUCUUUUUCGGCGUUCUUAAGACGUGUCUCACGAACUGAAAGACCGAAAGAGUCCAUCACAUGGCAGAUUUAUUGCUUUGCUAUGUGUAGACUGCGUAUAACGUAUACGGAACUUGCUCGUUUCCAUCAAUGGGUUUCUGUCUGCCCGUACCGUGAAUUAAUUGCCACAAAGCUUAGCGCUGGAAUUUCAUGCUUUUUUGCCGAUAUGAAAACGUAUUGGUGUUUUAAGUGAGCAUUUGACAGUUUCUUGUAACAGCCGACUCGGAGCGGGGUCUACAUUGUAUCCAACAGCGAUUAAUUACGCAGCUGGCUUAUUGCAUAUGUCCCAUAAACUUUUUGUUAUGAAACAAAUUGUAGUUAUAAUACUUCACCCUAGUGCUUCUGUUUUUGUUAUCUUCAGUGUCUAAAUUUUCAGCCUGUAGUGAAGGCUUUUUUUAUGUACGUAGGCUCUUUCGGACAGAACGUUCUCUGCGCCUCCUAUGUCGGGGACUGUUUUUAAUGGUGGCCGCUGAACAGUUAGAUUCCCAUGUUGUUCUGGUGUGUUUCUAGGUGUGCUUCCUAACCUCAUUCGAACAGACACUAAUGCAUAGAAGUAACCCUCAUCGUCAUCGUUUUGGUCAUAGCCCACCUUCAUUCUCUUGCGAAGGAGUACUGCCGAACGAAAUUAAUUGAUAAUUUAACAGAAAUUCGUCUUCGGCCAAUCAGAUGCAAUAUUUCUCAUCUUUAAGAUCAUUUUGCCCUCGUACUUAGUUUUUUUCUCAUCCACAUGGUGUUCGAAUACAAAAAAAACUAUUGGUGCUCUUCAGGCUAAAACCCGGUUCGUAUCUUUCAUUUCCGCUUUAUUUCAAUGGCGGCUCCGUCAUACCAAAAACUCAGAAAGAGGUAAAAGGCGGAAACAAUAGUUACAGCAGGUGGGCUAACUCAUGAAAUGUCGACCGGAAUUCCGAAAUGCGUUUUCGUUCCGAAAGAAUUAAUUAAGUAGGGUUGUAAAACUAAUCCUCCCGCAGCAUAAUUUUAUAAUUAUUCGGUUACCUCAGGGUGCCGGCUUUCGAAAGAACCUCUUUCCGGCCGCAUGCAAAAACCACACUCUGCAAAAAAUAACUGCUUAGAUAUCAUUCAUUUUACUCGUGAAUUUUCGACGCCCUUAAAAAUCUAAUUAUAUUUCGUAGAAAGCAUGAAUAAAAUAUUGAUUCUUUCGCCCAUUCCGUAGAAAAUUACAUUUUAUUCUAACUUUGUACUCGAAGAAAUGGUAUAAUUCAGUUUUAAAACUUUCUAAUAGUGAGAUUUUUUUAAUACCGUCAAAUGGCCGUUCAUAAAACAUGUCUCUGCAUUCAACAGUGUUGCUUGUAAAGUUAACAAUGUGGCUCAAAUUCACUGCUAAAUCUCACAAACUCCAUCUAGUUUCCUUUUAAUACCGUAGAAAAAUGUAUGGUUUGCCGUACCUAGAAAAAGGGGGGCUUGUAGUUUUGAAACCCUGAAUGCAAGUGUGACGUCAAGUCGGGUUCUAAAUUAUUUAGGAAUUGGAAAAGUUUCUGAAAACCGAAUCAUUACCUUUCUUCAAGUAUAAAAUUGGAAGAAGACGUAAUUUUCUGCGGAAUGGGUGAAAGAAUUAAUUUUUUUUGUUCAUGCUUUCCACGAAGUAUAAUUUUUGGGCAUCAAAAAUUCACGGGAGAAAUGCAUGGUACAUAAGCGGUUAUUUUUUGCAGUGUGGUUUUUGCAUGCGGCCGGAAAGAAAUCCUUUCGAAAGCCGGCAUCCUGGAGUAACUGAAUUAUUUUAAAAUUGUGCUUCAGAAGGAUUAGUUUUACAACCCUACUUAAUCUUUUCGGAACGAAAGCGCAUUUCGGAAUCCCGGUCGACAUUUCAUGAGUUGGCCCACCUACUGUAUUUCUGCGGAGCACUUCACAUCACGUCAGCCAGUCCGUUUAAUCUCAUCAGCAAGUGGUUUGACUCGGCCUUGCCACCAACACGGGGAAGGAAAGAAAAUAUGAUGCGAAUCCAACUCGAAUACAACGCAUAACAGCCUCAACAUAAGCAAUCUAACGCACUUAACUCUCAUGGCGCGCUGAGUCGUGUCGUGAGUGUUUGCCAGCUUAUCGCAGAACUUUGUUCAGUGUAUUAGGGUUUUGGAUUACAACGGCUGCUUAGUGUGACCCUUAUUGCGACUCACUUGGGUGAGGGGUCUGAUGCUUUUUUUGUGGUCUAGUUGGUGUGUGUGUGUAUGUGUUUAGCUAUGUCUAAACGCCACAUAUGUCGUCCUGAGUUCAUGUAAUUAGAAUCGAAUGAGCAUGAGAAGAAAGCGACGCCGAUGUAGUAUAGGCCGCAUCUGUGUCCUCAGGACAGUACCGGUCUUCGUCCCUUGUGUCGACUUAUACUAGUCAUCCGCGGACACACAUUUUUCCAUGGUCUUUUAGACUUUACUCCAAGGUAACCCACUAAGCACUCAUCACGAACUUUUCUGAGUAAAAUUAGAGGAUUGUUACGCAAAGCUUGUAAUGAAUGACAUCGUUUCUGUUUUUUUUUUUACCUAAAAUAAAAGCGCACAGAAGUACGUGUAAACAUCUAGAUACGCAGAACCUAAACCUGGCUGUGGUUUUAUUCGGGCCUAGGUGUUGUUGCUCAUUUGCGUAAAAGACUCAAUAACUAACUAUUCUUGAGACAAAACCUGUACGAUAUUGCUUGCACUUCUUUCUCUCUUAAUGUUUCCGGCUAUUAUUCUACAUAUUCUUUCUUUCUAUUGUCCUUCUCCUGCUUGUUUUACCUCUUAUGCAUCCCGUUUUGUCCCGGCUCUUCUCCACCUCCCUCCAUUCCGUCAUGAUUUUCGCCUAACUUCACUUUCUCUUCGUCUUCCACUCUCUCUGUUACUCCUCAUCAUCUUCUAUUCCAUCCUCUUCUUUCCAACCCUUCUUCCCGGUGCUCCCGUUAGUGAUGAAUAGGAGAACUAUCUACAACCCGCCGUAUUUCCCUUUCCAGUUUCCUCCAAAUCAUGCGGAUGUAAUAAUAUUUUUAUCGAGCAGUUAGGAGUUUUAUUCCUUCGCACAUGCUCUACUAGGAUCAAAUCAGAUCUAUCGUUAGCAAAUUUUCUGUUCAGUCCUCUCACUCAUAAGCUCCACAUCUUGUUCUUCAAAACCAUUUUAGCCGAUGCCGUAAGCUUCCUUUGGCAUGUAAGUCAAUGUCAGUCUCCAUGCUCUAAUAAAACUCACCUUAUCUACUCAUUGACACAAGCUAUUUGUUGAAUGUCUGCAACACACGUCAUCCUAUUUGCACUAUGUCCCGAUACUUUUCCUCACACCAAAGUCAUGCUUUGGUUUCUACAUUGAUUUUGGCUGCACGUUUUGCAAACGCGCACUGCAUUUUGUAACUUAUCUGUUUUUUUUGGAGACCCCGAUUCGCGAUAAUUUAUCAGAACAUUAUCUACAGGCAGGCUAGACCGACCACUAGGAUUUACGUAGUGGGCUUGUAGUCACCUUGGGCUCACAUGUUGAGCGUAGUGUAGGCGAAGUGAGCAGUAGUGGUUAUCACCUUGGUAGCGGCAUAAAACAGCUAGAAGUGACCCUAACAAUUUCUGAAAUUGCGAGGUCGUUCACCUUCAUACUAAGGGAGGUAGUCCGCGACCUCUGUCUGUUUUAACCAGAUAAAUCGCAAAAUUAGGCUCGAGCAAUUGGAUUUUUAUCCCGGUGUCGAGCUUCAGUGCAUUUCGAACUUGUUAGACUGCAGGUCUUUCUCAUCCCUAGGACACUCAUGUCCUAGUUAAAUCAUAAAGCACGUAACUUGCUAAACUGGCAGGGAGUUUGAUCCGAUUCUGUUAUGUGGUUCGGCGAACUGCUUUCUCCAAAUAAGAAACGCAUAGAAACAAGCUACUUGCGACAGUUUGUGAUAGCACAUUUUCCUCGAAGCACUGUACUAUUAGUGGCCGUUUUGGCGCCUUUCAAUGCCUUUUUCGUGCACUUGACCAUCUAAUUAACGUUAACUACCUCCUGUGGUCACGCACUACCACUCACGCCAAGUCGUUAGCCGGUAACUUCUUGGGUAUUAGUUGCUAAGACCGGUUAGACAAACUCGUGUUUUCUACGAACACUCAGCAGGUAUGCAGACUUGAGCAAUUAUUUACUACUGUAGGUUUGAUGUAAACCUGACAAAGUCAUGUUUCAAUCAGGAAUUCUGUCGUCCCUCCUCAAAGUCAUGUCUGUCCAGCUGUUAGGGGAAAGUUUCGUGGAAUUAAAAUGCUAGUAAUUGUAAACCCAGAUCCAAUGACCCAUGGCACUGCUAGGUUGAUCGGUAACGGUAAAUACAUUGCUCUUUGCUGCUGCUCGUGGCCGUAUACCAACACAGACUAUGCAGUGAAGUGUUUCCACUGGUUGCUGGGAGUCGGCUUUCUCUAACUCAAGCCCAAUGAUAUUUCUCAAAUGCUGCUUCUUUUGCAGCAGUCUUUGGGCGGAGUCGAAUAUCUUUUUGCAACAAACAUCAGCGCAAGUAAAGUGGAUAAUACCGAGAGCUUUCUUCAUGGUCCCGACUUUCGGCAGAAGUAUUGUCGUGCAGGAGCCAAUCGCACGUUCGCCUUUAAGACAACUGAACUGCUGUUGGGGUCUCGAACUGUGUCAGGUUAUAAUUUGACGUCCGGAAUUUCCUAAAUCAGCCCUGAUUUUUGCUGUGCACUCAGGGGCCGGUGAUGGCAUAACCUACUACAUGCUCAGCCCACCGCCGGAAGAUUUAACGUUACCUGUUUUCACUGCGACUUUGACUGGCUUGGGUGUUGCCCGCCUUCACAGUCGUUUCGUGGGCGCGGCAGACACUUGGCUGUCGGCCACGUGUUCUUUCCCACUUUGCCGGCGACUCAUUUAUCCGCUUUUGGUUUACGCACAUGUACUUGUCCAUUUUACCCCUCUGCCAACUUUUGCAACCUUCCUACAGCCGUAAGCAAUUAUAAAAUUUACUAUCUGGCUGGGGAUUUUGUGUUCUGUUUGCCAGUAAAAUUCUCGCAGACCAAGCAAGCAUUGAAUGGCAUUCUUGUUAGCACUACAGUCAUAGUACAGUUUGUAACUUCAUACACCGUUUAGUUAUAUGGCCAAGCUAUAAUACUCAUGGAAAAGACGGGGAAGCCACACAGCCCGGUUUUAGUGUGUGCCGGGAGGUUUGAAAAUGUGGAAAUUUCAGCUCGCAUUAGGAAACUGCGGGAGGUGAGCGACAAUGGCCUGUCUGUUUGGUAAAUUUAAGGAGUACGGAACUGUUCACAAAAUUAGUAGGUCAAGAUGCCCCCUGGCAAAUUCAACCUGCCAGUGCCAUUCGUGUGAAUAGACUGCCUAGUUCAUUUGAUGCUCUGGUCCGCCCGUCUCAAUGUAGCCCUUAGUGCAGAGGGUUUAAGGAUCCUUUAGCAUGCAUUUUGAUUAGCAUGUUUUCUAACUGAGUAGUAAACCAAUAGUUUGUCUUCUUGUCCGUUAACUAGGCCAAAAGACCUUUAUUGCUUCACCUCUGAUACGUGUUUAUAUGCUUUGUUCACUUUGUAGUCUGUGCCUGUACAGAAGAUGUAUCCUGUCAUUGCGUCCUCGGAUCCGCACUUCAUGCAUGCCUCCUCGGAACGAAUCAUUCCCCAGCCUCAGGUUCCCAACCAACCUGUUACAUAUGCUCCGUUCCAGUGCCGGUCAGGCGUGGACUUCUAG